AUGUCACACAGGCCUUCAGUGUUUUUCCCUGGCAAGGUCCAAGUUAUCUUUCGGAGAGGCGUGUUAGGUUACCUUCUACAAGUCCCCUCUGAUGCCGCCAAGAAGAUCAAAGACAACCCUUCUAUGCAGGACAAGUCUGCUCCUCUGAAGGAAGAGGUUGUCAGGAAGAAUGCCAUCAGCAUUGUCUUACAAAGAGGGGGGGAUGUGUCAGAUAAAGCUGAGGUGUUGGGGGAGUACAUACUACAGUUUGGGAAGUACAGAGGCAAGUCCUUCAGGUGGCUGCUGGAAAAUGAUGUUGGAUACACUAUGUACCUCAUCAAAAAUUCGGAAAAAGAGAAAGAGGCAGGCCAUUUCGGUACAGAGGGGAGCAGCAAAAUCAGUUUGCAGUCCUUUUUGGAAUAUGCCAUGAGCUUCAAAGAUAUUGAGGAGCUUUCAAAGUUUGAGUCUCACAAAACGAAUUCUCCUGCUGUGACCUCAGAUUGUGACACUCUGGUUGGCUUUGGUAAUCGGGCCAAAAGUACAUGGGGAGAAAUAUGGGAGAGCAGAGCUGAUGGGUACACUUUCUUCAUUAUGUCAAGGAAAUGUGGUACAGGUUCAAAAAUGCACAAACUGCAGCAGUACCUGCUAAUGAAAAAAGAGUCAUUGCCAUCAACCGUUACAUCACCAGCCUCUACUGCAACUCCUUACUCCCAAGAUUCACCAGCAUCAGCAGCUGUAGGAGCACCAUCUGUGUCUACUGGCAGAGGACAUGUUCAUGACAACAUGUCCAUCAAAACCUCCAUCUCCAUGAGGCACCAACACACCCUGCACGUCAGCCUGUGCCACCAGCAUCAACACGCCCUGCAUCUCAGCCUGUGCCACCAGCAUCAACACGCCCUGCAUCUCAGCCUGUGCCACCAGCAUCAACACGCCCUGCAUCUCAGUCUGUGA